AUGAGCCGACAAAUCGAGGCGGCUCUGUUGUCGCUUCUGCCCACCCAGAAUUCAAAUCUUCCACCAUCUCUCGUCGAACUCGCCAGCUCCCUCCUCGCGCAGUCCCGCCUCCGUGCGAGCACCCUGAAAGCCGAGGAAGAAGUGGCACGAUUACUCAAGAUCUCUCUUAACCUCCCGCCCAUUGAACCAAGACCACCCGUCCCACCACGCAUCUACAAGCGCCUUUACACCCAUCUUGACAAGAUCCUGCCUGCAAGCUCGGUAUCUGGCCGUGGCAGGGCGAAUGGCCCGGGCACCCCGAGAUCAAAGCAGCUCAGCUCUCCCGCAUCUCGCCCGCUGCCGUCCAGGCGCACGCCGAGCAAGGAAUUGUCUCUUGCGGCAUUUCGCACACCCGCAAAGCCUGCGUCGACCGCGAAAUCGAGCUCAACGAGCACAGCAACAAGUCUGGGACCCUCGUUUCCGCCCUGGCUGCGUCCGACGGCCACUCAUCUGUGCAGCGCUCUCCGCCAAGGCCGAGGCCCGGAUCUAGCACCUACUGUGAUCUUUGGUCUCGAGUCCAUCAUCGCGCCAAAUCGUCGGAGGACAGAUGACGAAUGGGUCAAUGGACAUCUGGCCGCACUGCUCGCUGCCAUCUACUGGUAUGUGUCUGAGUCGGCUCAACUGGCCCCCGGCGAGGACAUGACGGCGGACGCUUCACGCUCAAGCCUCAACGCUAGGCGGAAGCCCAUACUGGGCGCCCUCAAGAGCGCCAGAGAGGUGGUCAAACCUCCCGUGACACGAGGAAGGAAGAUCGCCGCUGCCACUGAGGAAGACAAGGCCGUCUUCUGGGACGGAUGGGCAGAGGGCCUCAAAGCGGCUGACAUUAGCGAAGCGGUCGAGGAGGUCGCGGUCCGCAAGUGGCUCGAUAGUGAUUGGUUUCGGAGCAUUGACCUUCUCCGGGACGCAGGAGAGGAUGCAGGACAAGUGGACCCGGACGCAAACCCGGACGACUUGAUCUCCACCACUGCGCCCUUGCAGAUUCGAAAAGCAGACACGAUGCUACAAGACAGAUUUGACUACCUAAGUGAGCGAAGGAGGGUCGGGUACAAGCACUGGAAGGCGGGAAUCCUGAGACGACUUGAACUGGCUGAACGUGGUCACGGCACAAACGCCACAAGUGUCGGCUCGUGA